CUAUACUUAGCACAGGUGUUCCUCUGUGGCGAUAUAUAAGUGCUGUCGGGGACAGCUCCAUUGUCAUCUCUUAUUGGGACACUCACAGUCGGACACAUCAAAGAUGGCCCCAAAGAAAGGCAAGAAGAAGGCGACUGAAGCCAACUCAAAUGUGUUCACCAUGUUUGAGCAGGCCCAGAUCCAGGAGUUCAAGGAGGCCUUCACCAUCAUGGACCAAAACAGAGACGGUUUCAUUGAUAAGAAUGACCUGAGGGACACAUACGCAGCUCUGGGUCGCAUUAACGUGGCCAAUGACGAGCUGGACGAGAUGGUGAAGGAGGCACCGGGACCCAUCAAUUUCACCAUCUUCCUCUCCAUGUUCGGAGAGAAGUUAAAAGGCACAGAUCCAGAGGACAUCAUUCUGGCCGCAUUCAAAAUCUUUGAUCCAGAGGGAACAGGCGUUAUCAAAGGAGAUGAUAUCAAAUACCAUUUGACGUCUCAGGCUGACAAGUUCAAAGAAGAGGAGAUCAAGCAAAUGUUUGAAAACUUCCCCCUUGACGUUGCUGGAAACCUGGACUACAAGAACUUGUGCUACGUCAUCACCCACGGAGAGGACAAGGAAGAGGAAAAGGAGUGAAGCAGCACACACACACACACACACACACACACACACACACACACACACACACACACACACACACACACACACA